GAAACGUAUGAAAUGAUUUUUUUAAAGUGAUGGGUACCCGCUACUCCCAAAAGGAAAAAAAAGUCAAACUUGUCCGAACUGGUCUUGUCAACCCUGAAAUGCAACUCCAGUUUUAUUGGUGCCAGUAUAACUGAUUUUUACUGCCAUUUGACAAUUUUGAACUACUAUUCCCAGCUGAGUACUAACCUGCACUGACCGACUCCUUCCCUUAUCAUCGUCAGUUGACAACAUUGCAGAAUUUGUGAAAUUUUGGAAAGAGGUAGCUUCUCGUUGUGCCUCAAACAGCAGCUGUCCAUUUUCUGUGAGAUACCAUGAAAGUUGUGAAAACAGAGACCCCCACUUCAAUGGUUUCCUGUUUGAAUUGCUCUCCCUUUGGCAACUGGAUCACAUGAGCAUUACUUCAAGCUGAGCACUUUAUGUUCUUCUUCAAGUACCCCAAGGAGCCAGCAGCCAUGGGAUCUUGGACCAAGCCUACCUGUAAGUGUUGUAUUUCCAGUGCCGUGCAGCCUCUGGUCACCUUGGAACUGACUGAGAACAUCAACAUGGAAACCAAGCAAUGGUUGAUGGCCCGAAUCCAGGAAGAGAAGAUAGUUGGUGGCACUGAGCUAAUGGUCCACCCUGGUGAAGAUGAUGAUGGCAACAUGCUUCUCGUUUCUGCAUCUCAUCAUGUUCUCCUGAGGGCAGCUGAGGUUCUGGGACUUUAUAAACUGUACAAAGAUGGGUCCAUGAUCUCAUUUUCCUACAGGGACAGGAGAAAUUUUCAAAACUCAGAUAACAUAAAUGAAUUUCUGACGCUAGCUGAGCGUCAGUUCAUCAUUUUGCACACACUAGAGAAUAUAAAGGCAGUAGAUGAGAAGUAUAUUCCAGGAUAUCCCACCAUAACCCUCUACCCAGGAGAAGCAAUUUUUAACAGGCUGCGGAAAAGCAAGAUUCUACAUACAUUCUAUCCACUGCAUGAUGAGGAAUUGCUGACUGAGCUGGGAAAUCACUGGCAGUCUCAUAGGAAUCUGAGCUUACAACCCAUUGAUUCAAUUUAUAGAUAUUUUGGUGGUUCUGUUGCCAUGUACUUCAGUUUUCUUGAAUAUUUCACCUGUUCUCUGAUGCCGAUGGCAAUCUUUGGUAUCAUACUGGUCUCUCUAUCGAUGGACACAAUAGACAAAUGCAUCCUCUUUUCUUGUCUCAACAUGAUCUGGUCAACUGUAGUCAUGGAGUUAUGGAAGCGCCAAAGUUUUGUUCUGGCCUACACUUGGGGAACCAUGCAGAUGAACAGCCAGUUUGAGGAGCCCCGUGCGGAUUACAAAGGCUUGAUGGGAACAAAUCCUAUCACCCAUCGCUAUCAGCCCUAUUAUCCUGCAUGGAAACGCAAAGUGAAGAUCUGGCUUGUUUCUGUGCCGAUACUGUGUUUAUUCCUGGGCUUUUCUCUCUAUGGGAUGUUUGUUUUCUUCAGAGCAGAAGCAUGGGUCAAGGCCUAUCACAGCGAAAAUGAUGGCUGCUGGGCCUGUGCAUUAUAUUUACCAAGUGUUCUUCACUCUCUCUAUGUUACCAGCAUGAACAUCCUGUACAAAAUGGUCGCCAAAAUGCUCACUGAAUGGGAAAAUCAUCGACUACAAACUUCUUUCCAAAACCAUUUGACAAUAAAGGUGUUAGUGUUUCGCUUUGUCAAUUGUUUUGCUGCCCUGUUUUACAUCUCAUUCUACCUCCAGGAUCUGGAGCUUCUCAGAAAGGAACUUGCAUCACUGCUCGUUCUGACUCAGAUCAUCAAUCAGCUCAUAGAGACACUAGUGCCGUAUCUCCACAAGACAUUUAUUGGAAAAGGGGCAGGUCUGAAGAAAGCCACAAUGGAAAAUGCACCAGACAUCGACAAAAUAAAAUUGCAGGGUCAGAUGCCACCAUUUCCUGGAAUGUUUGAUGAGUACAUGGAGCUGUUUGUUCAGUUCGGUUACAUCAGCCUUUUCUCCUGCAUUUACCCUUUGACAGCAAUGCUGAUUGUUGUGAACAACAUCAUGGAAAUCCGAGUGGAUGGCCUGAAGCUUUGUCAUCUCUUUAGGAAACCAUUCAACUCUCCAGCAGCAAAUAUAGGAGUGUGGCAGACUGCGUUUGAGCUGAUAGGAUUCUUGUCAGUCAUCACCAACUGUUUUCUAAUUAGCAUGUCCCCUCAAGUAGAAGAGUACUGCACAGAAAAUAAUAUAACACCUAAGAAUGUGUUGAUUUGGACAGUAGGAGUGGAGCAUGCCUUGCUGGCUAUAAAGGUCAUUUUAGCUUUUGUUAUUCCUGACAUUCCCCAGUGGGUGAAGCUGAGGAUUGACAGAGUCGAAUAUCAGUCCAUUCAAGCCCUCAAGCAUAAGUUGGCUGAAGCAGAUAAAGGUCACAGCCGAGAAACUGAGGAAAAAGGAACAUGGCCUGAUGGAAUCACACAGUCUGAUUCAAAUGAGAGCUCGCUGCAUAUGAACAACAGGCAGCUGAAUUUACUAUAACCACCCUGUUACCAUGUGAUGUAAACAUGCAGCAAGACAAAUUCAACACACAUCAGGCCUAUGAACUUAGAACAAUUUUACCUCAGAAACUAUCUCUGUCCCUUCACUAUUUAUUUUAAUGGAGCUGACAUUGCUCUGUAUAAAAUAGGGUAGCUCCUUUGUUAUUUUAUAGUUUCUCACCAAAUGCACAAAUAUACAUCUAAACCAGUCACUGAUAAACUACACUCCUCACAGCCAGGAACCAUGGAUUCUACCUUUAUUUCCUGCUUUGUAUUUUGAUUAAACAACUGUAAAUCAACACAGCCAGGAGCAACACACAGCAAGAUCCUCGACAGAAAGGAUGGCAGCAUAAUCGGUUUCUCUUUUACAAAUAUGAUCCUGUUUAUUUAAAGGGUCUGUCCAAAAUCUUUAUUAUUUCUGGAUGUCUGACAUAAAUACCAAUCUCAUUUACUGAAACCCUUUUCCAGUUGCCUUUCUAUUUUGAGUGUUCCUCUGAUGAAACACGAAAGCAGUUUUCAAAAAAAUAAAUUCCUUGCAUGUGUUCCUCAUGCAAAUAUAUUCCAAAUAUUGAAUGGGCUAAUCAAUGGUAGUUUGCCUGGCCCUCUCAUCCACAGUUGGCAUUGUUUAAUAGUUGGGAGUCCUUACCAUGUGGCCUUGACUGAUUGUUAAGUCUUUACUCAACGACCCACUGAUUGAUGUUUCCAUUGUUGGAACUGACUGAUAACUGCAGUCCACACAAUUUGGCAAUCUGAUUGUAUUCUCUACCAUGUGGCAAUCUGACUGAGCGCUUGGGUUCUUUAUCCAUUGGUCCUCUGACCACUGGUAGCAUUUAGCACUCUGUGGUACGUUAUCGUUGCUUCAGCAGUAAAACUGAUAAACAUCCUGUCAGUAAUGAUAAAAGCAGAUGCACCAUGACAUCCUUGUCAUUUAAUCUCUCUUUCUCAAGUGCAAUUCGGGAUGAGCAAUAGCUGCUGACCCAGCUAGCGAAGCCCACAUUCCAUGAAUUAAUAAAAAAAAGACCUCCAACAUAACCCUGACCUUCAGCUGUGUUCCACCUGCUUCAUGUCCUCUUUUCAACAGCAUAAAAUCCAUCACAUUUCUACCUCUCUUAGCUCUGAAGAUGAGUCAUAUGGACUCGAAAUGGUAACUCUGGCUUCUCUCUCCACAGAUGCUGCCAGGCUUGCUGAGUUUUCCCAGCACUUCUAUGUUUCUGUCAGUAAUGAUUGUUGUCAUUGGCCACAAUUCUACCUUUUGCCUUUAAAAUCUUCACAAACAACAACCAUGUCAUGACUUUGAGGAAAUGUGAAAGUAUUCCUAUUUAGUGCUUUGUGAGUUCUAACACAUCCUCUGCAUGCCACAGAAAGUGUGUAGAAACUUUACAAAAUUGAUUGGGCAUGAGAGGAAGGGAUUCAAUGUUGAAAGACUGAAAGAAAUAAGAAGAUUGAUGUCCCUUCUAUAACUUUGAGUGGAGUAUAAUGUAGUCCAUGUAAUGCAUUGGUUGUUUGUUUAUUCUUUUUCCAAUACUAUUAUUGUGUAUGUUGGGAAAGGCAAUAGAUUUUCUCAUGGACAGUAUUUCAUGAAAAAUAAAGUACAAAGUAAUAAA